CAUAAAUCACAUGGGUCGCCCUCAAAAGCCAGGCAGGCGCGUUCUCAGGGCUUUCAUUCGCAGCGGCAGCCGGCAGCAGCUUGGGGCAUGCUUCGCUUCCCCCGUGGAUCUUACCCUCUCCUUUCCACAAUGUUCAUCACUGCCUAGCUUUUAAAAACAAUCCACCGACAGGCCAUGUCUCCUUGUGGCAGAUGAUUGGUUGCUGAGAUAACUCUACCUACCUAUCCAAAGACCCUCUCCUUGGCACAGUCAAGGACUGACGGAGGCACCAGCUUCUCCCUUUUUUUCCUCUGAGUGUGUUCCACUAGAACAUUCAAAACUGUUUCUCCAAAGGGUUCUGCAGAAACUCAGACUGUUUUGUAAAGCAGAAGCACCAGAGUCCACAGCGGAAGCGAUGGGCAGUGUGCGAACCAACCGCUACAGCAUAGUUUCCUCAGAAGAGGACGGCAUGAAGCUGGCAACCAUGGCGGUUGCCAAUGGCUUUGGGAAUGGGAAGAGCAAAGUACACACCAGGCAACAGUGCAGAAGUCGGUUUGUCAAGAAAGAUGGCCACUGCAACGUUCAAUUCAUUAACGUGGGUGAAAAAGGCCAGCGUUACUUAGCAGACAUCUUUACCACUUGUGUUGACAUCCGUUGGAGGUGGAUGUUGCUUAUCUUCUGCCUGGCUUUCAUCCUCUCGUGGCUGUUUUUUGGUUGUGUAUUCUGGUUGAUUGCCUUACUGCAUGGAGACCUAGAGAAUGGGGACCGACCUUGUGUCUCUGAAGUGCGCAGCUUCACUGCGGCCUUCCUCUUCUCCAUUGAAACACAAACAACAAUUGGCUAUGGCUUUAGGUGUGUCACUGACGAAUGCCCCAUUGCAGUCUUCAUGGUGGUUUUCCAGUCGAUAGUUGGCUGCAUCAUUGAUGCCUUCAUAAUUGGCGCUGUCAUGGCUAAGAUGGCUAAACCGAAAAAACGAAAUGAAACCCUUAUCUUCAGCCAUAAUGCUGUAAUAGCAAUGAGGGACGGAAAGUUGUGCCUGAUGUGGCGGGUUGGGAACCUGCGCAAAAGCCACUUGGUAGAAGCACAUGUGAGAGCCCAACUCCUCAAAUCCCGAAUCACUACCGAAGGCGAAUACAUCCCUCUAGAUCAAAUAGAUAUCAAUGUUGGGUUUGACAGUGGGAUAGACCGCAUAUUUUUGGUGUCACCCAUUACAAUUGUCCAUGAAAUAGAUGAAGAGAGCCCUUUGUAUGACUUUUCUAAGCAAGACAUGGACAAUGCAGACUUUGAAAUUGUAGUAAUAUUAGAAGGCAUGGUGGAAGCCACUGCCAUGACCACUCAGUGCCGUAGCUCAUACCUAGCAAAUGAAAUCCUAUGGGGCCACCGUUAUGAGCCUGUACUAUUUGAAGAGAAAAACUACUACAAAGUGGAUUAUUCUAGGUUCCAUAAAACAUACGAAGUGCCGAACACGCCUCUCUGCAGUGCCAGAGACUUAGCAGAAAAAAAAUACAUCCUUUCUACUUCAAACUCAUUUUGCUAUGAGAAUGAAGUAGCUUUAACGGGCAAAGAGGAGGAGGACAGUGACAAUGGAGUGCCCGAGAGCACCAGCACAGACACCCACCCAGACAUGGACCAUCACAGCCAAGCAGGAGUGCCCCUGGAACCUAGGCCUUUGAGGCGAGAAUCAGAAAUAUGACUAAAGGAGGUGAUUUCUAUGUUGGUUGAAAUCUUUCUCUCAGUUAACAGGCAUGCUGUUUUGAGAAGUGGCUACAAACAGUUUUUCAGACGAUGGUACUGUUGAAGACAUGGACACACAGUCCUGAGGAAUCAUUUCAGCCUGGUUUCCAAGUGCUGUUUUCAGAGAAGAAACAGUAAAUGUGUGAAUUUGGAACAAGAAGCACUAUGUCUGCUCAUGACUAAAUGGCACAUAUAUGUUGUAGAAUAAAUUAAUGUAUAUAUUUUUUUAACAAAACUUGAACUUGCAGGCAAGCUUUGGUUGAGUUGUAAUGUUUGUCAUCUAUUUUUUCUCUCUCUCUCCCUCUCCAAAAAUGCUUCUCUCUUGGGAACAAGAAUUUUUUUAAUGGCAUAACAAAGGCAAGAGACUGCCUUACUUUUUUUUUAAAAAAAAAGAUGCUGCUAACUACAUGAACAAAAAUUAUAUUUUUUUUGUCGUAGUGUAGUAUUCAUGUUUCUUUCAUAUAUCCUUUUAAACAAUCACAAAAAGGUGAUGGUGGGAGGGAGACCCACAGUGUUGAAAUUGCUAGUUUCAGUGCUCUGGCAACCAGUCAAAGGGACUGGUGAUGCUGGAGAAUCAAAAUGUUUUAUCGAGGCUAGUAGUUUGGUGGCUAGAAUCAAUUUCCCUCAGUACUAUCCCGUUACAUAAGGGAUGUUAUGCAACGCAAGGCCAGGCAAUAGCCUACAGGGGAGAAUUCCCUUUAAAAAUGUGUUGGGGAAUGGAAUGAGAUUUAUUUUUUAUCUAAAAUAUUUUUUAAUUUCAAAACUACCUAAGUGAAUACCAAAGAGAAAAGAAAUGCACACUUUUGCACAGCGAAGUUUUUUUUAAUUUAAAUAGGUUGUUUUCAGACUAUUUUCCUCCCCAAAGAUCCUUUACAUGUGGAGUAUUUUCUAAUGCACCUUAUCUUGAGAGUAAAACUGAGGAUACAUUUAAAAGAUCUUUCACACAUAUAUGGGAGCAAACACCAGCAGAAUAAUGGCAGAAAGUCUAAUGCUAAGCCAUGUUUACAUUCCAAAGCAGCUUCUGUAACAUAGGACCCCAUUACAAAGUGGACAGGCAUUUUGAGAGACUGAACCCUCAAUGAUAACCAAUGGUAUUGUCAGGAUCCAUCUGCUGUUCAAUCUAUUUAAUGUUGAUAAGCACUGACAAAAUUACAAAUUCUACCAGAAAGGAUCACUGCUAGACUGUAACAAAUGUCUGUUAUUGAAGCAACAUGCUAAUUUCAAGAAAAGUGAAACUGGCAUGGAGAAAUCCAAACGAAAGAUCUCAGUAACGGGACACUUUUUCGUUGCCAGAACUAGUGUGGCAGAAAGUAGAUGCAUGUUACUAUUAUCUAGAUUGCUUGUUGAGGGGAUAAUUAGUUUGAAGGAAAUAAUGCUGUAAAAGAGUUCCCUUUUCUACUUUUUAAUGGCUUGAACAGACUUGGUGAGAUGAUUAGUGGAUGCCAAGUCUUCACCAAAUUUUUUGAACAGCUACUGAGACCUUCUGCUGAACCGUGACUGUAAUGGUAUUUUUGGAUCUCCUGCCAAGAAUGCUUUAAAGAUUCUCUGUGCCUCUAAGAUCAAGUGUACCAUUUUAGCUGCACCCAAAAGUUAUACAUAUGGAAACUCUCCCAAUAGGAAGGAACUGAAGGUAUCACCAAGGAUUCAGACCUGAAACUCUUUUACAGUAUUGGAUCCCACUGUAUGCCAUUAAAAAUAGCUUGUUCUGGAUCUAGUGUUGUGUUCUAUAAUAUCUAUGGACGUUUUGCCCUGUGAGAAAGAGGCAACCAUAAGUAAUGGGGCACUUCCCAGAAAAUGGGAUUGAAGCAGGAAUGGUGGGUUCUGGACUGCAAAAAUUGGAUAUGGCAAAUGUAAACAGGUUUAUUUGGGUUUCCUCAUAAGGCAGAUAUGGAUGCACCAUAUAUUGGAGCUAAUUGUGUAGGCAAAUAAAAAUGGGGCAAGCUGAAUUUGGAUGGUAACCCAGUCACCCUCUGGGUCAGAGAAACAAUGAAAGUAACAGAACCUGACUUGUGCUGCUAUUGUGAUAUAUUUUUGUAAAGAAAGAUAAAUGCAAACCAAAGAGUAUUUAGUGACAUGCUAAGACAAAAAAGGGAGGAAGCUAUUCCAAAAUGCACAAAGCUACCACUUGCAGGACUUGAGAUGUUAGAUGUAAGGGUGAGUGGAGAAAGUGUUAAAAUAUUUUUGUUUUAAAAAUAGACACACACAGAAAGGGAUUUUUUUCUUUUGAAAACCUGCUAUUUCUUCUUCUUUUUCUGAUGCAGAGUUGAUUGUUGAUCUUUCUUUUCCAACAUGCAGGGGUUUGUGUUUUCAUAUUUAAAAGAACCGAAAGAGAAAUGUACACUUUUUAUAAAGUUUAUCAAGUAUUUUCAUAUUUAAAGCCAAAAUGUAAAUAUAAGUCCAUUUGAAAAGAAAGAAAGGAAAGGCCAAGAUGGCAUCAGUUAGAACCUGUGAUGCUACUGGUUAGCAUGGUUUUUAGCAAAUAUUUGCAAGCCUUAUGGGAUUUCUAAUGCUAUGAGUUUUUUGUUAUUUAUUUAGGCAUGGAUGUUUCAUUUGACUGUUUUUUUCCCCUUGCUAAGGCAUUCUUUAUUCCUGCUUUCAGAUUGCUAAAGACUUGAUGAGAGUGGAUAAGCUAUUGAACUUUCUGUUGGCUUAGAUUUUUCCCCUCUUCAAGUAACCCUUUGAUCUAAAUCAGUGGUUCCAACCUGUAGGCACCCAGAUGUUUUGGCCUUCAACUCCCAGAAAUCCUAACAGCUGGUAAACUGACUGGGAUUUCUGGGAGUUGCAGGCCAAAACACCUGGGGACCCACAGGUUGAGAAACACUGGUCUAAAUCCAAUUGCUUGUCCCAUCUCAAGCAGAUUCAUCAAACCAAUCAGCAUUGGAUUAAAAAAAACAUCUUAUAGUUGUGAUGAGCAAUUGGGUUUGGACCAUUGUAGUUAUCUGUUUGCUUCUGCAUGGGGAAAGUGUUAGCAAGAACUUUUAAUCUGUCUAGAUAUCAUGGUACCUGCCCUUAAUUAUCUUCAUAAUUAUUUUAAAGCAAGCAAAUAAACCAUGCCUCAGGAAGCCUAGGUUCCAUGAUCAUUGGGAAGCUACAGAAAUGGCAUAUUUUAAGUAGCUGAUAAGGACAAUUGUGCAAAAUGUUGAGCAGUAUAGCUGGGUGGUGCAAUCGCCAACCACUUAAUGCUGAUAGGAAAUUUCCCACUGACUUCACUGGAAUGUGGAUUGCAUGCUAAGUCCUCAAGCCACAAGUACGAGUUAAGGCCCAUGCAGUAAUUUUCCUCUUCCCUACAAAUACUUGAAUGAGGGCCCAUUAUUUUUUCUAUGGGACUGUCUUACAUAGGGAGGGCACAUCCGAGGUAGGCUGUGCAACUCUGUUGUUUUUCAUUGGUGGUCCGGAGUUCUCAAGUCAAAAAGGUCACUGCAUAGAUGUACAAUGCAAUCACAAAUCACCUUUUUUUGUUAGCUCUUCAUUUUAUUACACAUGCUUUUGGCAAAGACAAAGGGUUCCGGGUCUGCUAUUUUUGGUUCUCUUGUGUCCUUUUGUGUGUGCGUGUGUGGGAUUACAAAGUAAAACUGAGAAGUACUGUAAUGUCUUUAAAAAAUAAAAACAAACCCUGGCUGCUGCUGACCAUUUUCAAGAUAGGAGGGUGCUGCGUAGUUGCCAUCCCACAGGCAACCUAAGAGUUCUCUCUUUUUCUCUUCUUCUCAUAAAUGGAUUUUCUGUCCUGCAGCUGUUUGUAAGGUGAACAAACCAAUAGGCAUUUGACAAUCGUUCUCCCUUACUGUUUUCCUGUUUGCAGCCUUUUGUAUCUAAGUCUUCCUAAUGUACUGCACAAAUCAUGGAUUGUACAGAUUUUUAUAUGAAUAUAUAUAUAAAUAUUAUGUCUUAUUUUAUUAUUUCUAAAUAAAUAAAAAAUAAAGUAUUCUUGCACA